AUGGAAGUGGAGGACUCGGGCGGCGUGGUGCUCACCGCCUACCACUCGUACGCGCGCCCCCCGCCGCCCAGCCCCGAGCCGCGCUGCGCGCCCCGGGCGACCGCCAGCCUCCCCGGCAGCAGAAAGUCCAUCCCUCGCUGCCGAAGAAUCACCAGGAUGCUCUCCAAUGAGUCCCUUCAGUCCCCGGCGUUCAGCCGCUCCAACUCUCAAGCCUCCGUAGACAGUGCCUCCAUGGAGGAUUUCUGGCGGGAGAUAGAAAGCAUCAAAGAGAACAGCCUGGGGGCUCGGGAGGAACAGACGCCUGCCGAGGCCAAGCCCCUGGAUGAAGGAGAACUUGAAGCGGAGUGGUUGCAAGAUGUGGGUUUAUCAACCCUGAUCUCGGGUGAUGAGGAGGAAGAUGGCAAAGCUUUGCUCUCUACUUUGACUCGAACCCAGGCAGCUGCAGUGAAGAAGAGAUACAACACUUACACACAAACCUUGAGAAAAAAGAACAAGCAAUCUGUCAGGGAUGUCAGAGACAUCUUCGGAGCCAACGAAUCUCCUUCCAUCCUGGAGGCCAUUCCAGACGUGCCAGUCCAUUCCAACGGCGCAGCAGACCCUGGACAGUCCGCGCGGAACGUGGCAAAUGAUGAAGAUCUGGAAAAAAACAUUUUGGUAGAAGCUGAAGAGCUGUCCUUUGAAGUAUCAUAUUCAGAAAAGCUAACACAGGCUCCAAAAAGGAACAGAUUUAAGAAGUUAGAUUUUAAGAAAGAAGACUAUGUUUUACCUAAAUUUGUUGUUCAGAAAACCAGAUUUGGCCUAACCAAAGCAGAAGAUCUGUCUGCUGAAGACAUGAAGAAAAUCCGCCAUCUCUCUCUGAUUGAAUUGACGGCCUUUUUUGACGCCUUUCGAAUUCAGCUGAAAAGAAACAAAACAGAGAAAGUGAAAGGACGAGACAGUGGGAUUUUUGGAGUUCCCCUCACAGUCCUGCUGGAAAAUGACCGAAGGAAAGACUCUGGGGUCAAAGUUCCCCUUGUGUUACAAAAGUUCUUUGAGAAAGUUGAGGAAUCGGGUCUGGAAUCCGAAGGGAUCUUUCGACUUUCAGGAUGUACUGCCAAAGUCAAGCAAUACCGUGAAGAACUGGAUGCCAAGUUUAAUGCUGACAAGUUUAAGUGGGAGAAAAUGUGCCAUAGAGAAGCUGCAGUUAUGCUGAAAGCCUUUUUCAGAGAAUUGCCGACCUCUCUCUUUCCUGUGGAAUAUAUACCUGCCUUCAUCACUCUAAUGGAAAGAGGGCCUCACAUCCGAGUACAGUUUCAAGCCUUACACCUCAUGGUCAUGGCACUGCCUGAUGCCAACAGGGACACAGCCCAGGCCCUCAUGACAUUCUUCAAUAAAGUUACUGCCAACGAAUCAAAAAACCGCAUGAGUAUAUGGAACAUCUCUACCAUCAUGGCACCAAACCUCUUCUUCAGUAGAAGCAAGCAUUCUGACUGUGAAGAAUUACUCUUGGCAAACACGGCUGCCCACAUCAUCCGUCUGAUGCUCAAGUACCAGGAGAUGUUGUGGACGGUUCCAUCUUUCUUAAUCGCUCAAGUCAGAAGAAUGAAUGAAGCCACCAUGUUGUUAAAGAAGCCGCUCCCAAGUGUCAAAAAGCUGCUAAGGAGGAAGACCAUAGAACGAGGGUUUGACCAAACGUGCUGCCUUUUUCCUCCUUGGCAGUCCGACGUGCCAGAGGGCGUCAUAAGGGUCCACGCGCCCCUUCUCUCCAAGGUGUCCAUGGCCAUUCAACUCAACGGUCAAACCAAAGGCAGAGACAUACUGGCAAAAUUUCAAUGUGAGAACAGUCAUGGUUCAUCGGAAUGCAUGAAGAUCCAGAACCAGAGGUUAUAUGAAAUUGGAGGCAAUAUAGGACAGCACUGCUUGGAUCCGGAUGCUUAUAUACUGGAUGUAUAUCAUGUGAAUCCCCAGGCAGAAUGGGUGAUUAAACCCCAACAGAGUGUUUGA